GAGGAGGGGGAGGGGCGGCCGAUAGCAGCGGCCUCCCCUUUAAGAACCGCCGCCGCCCGCAGGCCCCGCGGUUGCUGCAGAAACCUCCCCUUUAACGGCCACCGCUGCCCGGCUCGCCCGCUCGGGCUCCUCCAUCCUUCGGCCCGGGGCCCCCGGCCCGCGGACCCAGGAGUUCUUGGGGCGCACACCUGGCUCGGCCCCGCCAUGGUGUCCUGGAUCAUCUCCCGCCUGGUGGUGCUGAUCUUUGGUACGCUGUACCCGGCCUAUUCGUCCUAUAAGGCUGUCAAGACAAAAAAUGUGAAGGAAUAUGUGAAGUGGAUGAUGUACUGGAUUGUGUUUGCUUUCUUCACCACUGCCGAGACCCUCACCGACAUUGUGCUGUCGUGGUUUCCUUUCUACUUUGAGCUGAAAAUUGCCUUUGUGAUCUGGCUGCUGUCUCCAUAUACCAAGGGCUCCAGUGUACUGUAUCGAAAAUUUGUACAUCCCACACUCUCCAACAAAGAAAAGGAAAUUGAUGAAUACAUCACACAGGCUCGGGACAAGAGCUAUGAGACGAUGAUGAGGGUGGGCAAAAGAGGCUUGAACCUGGCAGCCAAUGCUGCGGUCACUGCAGCUACCAAGGGCCAGGGAGUGUUGUCAGAAAAGUUGAGGAGCUUCAGCAUGCAAGACCUGACGCUGAUUCGAGAUGAUGAAGCCUUGCCCCUGCGUGGUCCCGAUGGCCGCCUCCGCCCCUCAGCCAGUGGCCUCUUGGACCCCAUUGAGGACUUAGGGGAUGACCCUGGCCUGAGCCUUCGGUCCUCAAGUGGGAGCCAGUCAGACACACGGACAGAGGCCUCUGAGGAUGACAUGGGGGACAAGACCCUUAAGCGUGUCAAACCAAUCAAGAAAGUGCCAAAAGCUGAGCCAAUCCCCAAGACGCUGAAGACCCGCCCUAAGAAGAAGCCCACAAGUGGUGGGGAGUCGGCCUGAUGUGAACCCUCCCCCCCACCUCUACGCAGAGAUUCCAACGGGGGGGAGUCGUGUACAGAACUGCUGCUGCUUCCUAGAUCCAGGGGCCCCCAGGGUGAGGGCAACUCCUGGGGAUCCAGAUCCUCCGGCAUAGCCCCCGUGGGAGCAGCCCCCUGCCCCCACCCUUUCUCUCACUGAGCAAGUCUGAGGACCGAGAUGUGAGAUGCUGCCUCUGGGGUCUCCCAGUAAGGCGUCUGGCCAGGGGGGGCAGGUCUGAGGGAUCACAGGUCUGGGAGCUGCUUAUAGCAAGGUGACAGGCUGGUUUGGGAACAUGUGGGCCAAGGUUAGGGAUGGAGGAUGGGGGGGUGGAGGAGGGUGUUUUGUCCAUGGAGGAACUGCCCCCUUGGAAGAACAGCAUCUGGGGCCUUUUUGGUUGGAGGUUUGAUAAAUAAUGUGUGUGUGGGUGUGUGUGGGUCCUGAGGACAAAGCCACAUGAGGGGACUCCUUAGAGCAUCUCUCCUUUGUCUCUGUCCUUCCAGCCUUCCUCCUUGAGUGACCUCCCUGACUGUAGCCCACUUAGUGCCUUGCUGGUUGCCAUGGCAUGCUGUGGGGGAAGGGGCUAAAGGCCAAAGGUUUCUCCUGGCCUUACCUCAUAUAUCCUACCCCUCCUUGCCCACCCCUUGUUUAUUAGACUUGGCUGCCCCAUAUCCUCUGGCUGAAAAAAUGGGCUGACGGGCUAAGCCCCCCACCCGCUAGGCAUGGACCCCUGGAAGACUUCUCUUCCCCUGUGGAAAGUGGAGGGAGUGAGAACACUGGGACCACAUUGCCUCUAGAUUCAAAGGGAUGAGUAGAAGGAGCAAUUUCCCAUUGAAAGCCCAGAGUAACAGUAACCAGGAUUUGAGGUGGGGGGAGUGGGAAGAAAUCGGGGCCUACCUGGAUCAACACUUUCCUUUGCUCUCCUCCAAGAGGCCAUUUCCUUAAAUGAUUCCCCUUCUUCCUCUCCCCUCCCCUCUCAACUUCUCCCCUUCCCCAGCUUCUGUUCAUGUAGUUCCAAGGAUGAGGGUGGGGGGUAGGGAGGAGUCCCUUGGGACAUUAGAAGAACCCGAAUAGCAGAGACUGACUUGGGCACGGGGUGGCAAGGGGCAGGGAGAAGGGAGGGGGGAGGAUAGGAAGCUGUUUCUGUGAGUGAACACAUGAACCGAUAAGUGUGAGUGUAGUUGAGCAAAUGUGGGAGAUGUUUGAAGUGAAGAGCUUUCCCUGGGGAGCCAGGCGUGAGGUGGGACCAAGUAUGUGUUUUUGCCAGGACACAUGCAUGUCCCAGCUACAUCUCGUCCCCCGGGCUGGGAAGAGGAAGAAGGCACUUGGUGUGUUUACACACAGUGACGUAUUGCUCCUUGGGUCUGUGUCUUUAUCUCUGGGCCUCUGGGUCUCGACCAGUGUCUUUGUAUCUCUGUGCACGAGUCCCCUUCUUCCCUCCCCUGCCCUUCUCCCAAUAAGGGGACCAGCCAUAGAGCUAAUGCACCGGAGCGAGGCUCCAAGAACUCUUCCUCUAGUUGCCGUUCGACCUUCUCCUGCUCUCUGUUUCCACACUCCCUCCUGCAACUACCCCAGGCUCCAACUCCUAUUUGCCUUUAGGGGGAUUAUGAAGGCUGGAUGGGAAUAGUGGGAGGCACUCCCCAAGCUCUGGUCCUGACAACCCCUCCUAUCUCUCUCUUCUUAGCUGGGCCCUACCAGGAAGGAGAGAGCAGAAAGAAGGGAUUCCCAGGGGACCCUCAUCCAUAGAAGUAGCCGGUGAUGGGAACAGGACUUGAAUUGUGGGGUCUCUCCGGUCCUUCCCUGCCCUUGCCUCACCUUGAACUCCUAUCUUUCCUCUUCCCCCAGCAGUGAUUAUACUGACUGCACCCCAGGAGGAUUUAAAAAUUCUGUCCUAGAUCUCCCAAAAGUGGAGUGGGUUGGGGAGCAUGUGUAUAUAUGUGUGUGUGUGCGCGUGUGCAUUGGGGGAAGUAAGGAAAGGGAAGGUUUGUGCCGGGAAAGCUUGGAUCCUUGUCCAUGGAAUGAUCCAAUAAACUAAAAU